UAUGCACUCACUCCCUCGUACAAACAAUGGGGGUGUGAAAAUGUUUUUGCACGUCUAAAACGUUUUUUACAGUAAAGCAGCUCUCGGUAGGUCAUCCAGUGCUCUUGCAGGUUUUCGUUCUCCAAAAGCUCUGCAGCCACAGCAAUUGUUUUGGGUUGACUACAAAUAUUCUUAAUAAAAUGGCUGCAUUAAUCAGGAGGAUUAUCAGCACAACAAAAGCUCCUGCUGCUAUCGGCCCGUACAGCCAAGCAGUGGUGGUAGAUCGGACCAUGUACAUCUCAGGACAGCUGGGGAUGGAUCCUGCCAGUGGACAGUUGGUGGAAGGGGGCGUUCAGGCUCAAACCAGACAGGCUCUUGUAAAUAUGGGUGAAAUCCUUAAAGCAGCUGGGUGCGGUUAUGAGAACGUUGUCAAAACCACGGUGCUCUUAGCUGACAUGAAUGACUUCACCAACGUCAACGGCGUUUACAAGCAGUUUUUCAGCACUAACUACCCAGCCAGAGCUGCAUACCAGGUUGCUGCACUCCCCAGAGGUGGACUGGUUGAGAUAGAAGCAGUUGCUGUUUUAGGCCCUCUGACCGAUGCUUCCUAACAAGCACAUCUAUCAAAA